CACCUUUUUCCACCAUUCAGAUCCGGACCUCCCCAUUCCCAACGCCCGGCCCGAUCCUCGCCAUGGCCGAUGCGAGCUCCGGUCCUCCCAACGCCUUCGGAGCGACGGCGCCGACGCUCACCGCGACGCUGGAACGCUGGGUGGCCUCGCUGCUGUGGUGUUGGGCUUCGACCGUGGCAUCCCUCCGUGAGACGGCCAAGCAACGCUCCCUGCAGGCGCAGCGCAGUCGAGACUCCCGCCGGGAGGUCCACACGAAGGACACUUUGUCCAGCGAUGCCUUUUGCUCAGUGCCCAGGCAUGGCGUGGAGGCCCCUUGCUCCGUGCGCCUGCGCGGGGAUCUCCUUCUGAUUCGUCGACACGAGACCGCGCGGAGCGCGCGGAGGGAGGCGGAUGGGGAAGCCAUCCUCGCGGAGGGAAGCGCUGAAGUCUUGGAGUUGAACCUAUCGGGCGCAGCGGUGCGCUGUCAUGGAUCGCUCGUGAUACUGAGUCGAAAUCAAGCAUCUUGGGUGACCAUGACCCUAGACACUGACGCCAAAGCCUCCUUGUGGGCAGAGAAACUGGCGCUUGCUUGUGGACACAGCGAGAGUAUUGCGAAGCUCUUGAGCAUGCAGCGACAUCGAAUCCUCACAUUGGAGCAGCAUUCGCAAGAGACAUCCUUGAACAGCGAGGAGGUGGAGCGCUGCUUGAACUUCCUCUCCCGGGAAUAUGUAGCGAUGCGCUACCAGGUGAGGCGAGCGGAGAGCGAGGAGAAAUUGCCCGAAGACGAGGCCGUGCGCGAAGGAGGUGCAUUGGUGGCCGAACGGUCACCUCCGGUGAUUGAAGGUCUUGGGCGGAGAAGGCACGACUCAGAGCCUGAGAAGGAGCCGCGGGUAGAGACCAUCACAGAGGAAAAACAGACCAAGCCGCCUCCAACGCGAGCACAGUGGCAGCCUCGAUCACCCUGCUUGUUGGGCAGCCCAAAGAUGACCAGUCCAAAAACCAAGGGACUCUCCACAGGACUCAGUAAAACCACCCCCACGGCCAGCAGCAAGCGUUCCCUGGACGGCACAGCGACGAAGAGUGCCAAGUUCCAUCAGGCCAGCAUAGAAGGUUUGGAUCGGAGAGGGCAUAAGCUGGCCCUGGCGCAUCAACGCACCGCUCCGCCACCGCACACAGCCACCACCGCGCCGCUGGCCUCGGCUCGAGCGAAGGAAGGGACGUCGAGAUCUGUGCGACAGCAUCCGUGGCAGAGAUAGUGUGGGAAUUCUUCUUUCUUUCAACAGCUGAGUGGCGGACCAUCCUUGUUUGCCUAGCGGCCGCUCUGCCUAUCUGAUCAUCAUAUCCUAUAGCUAUUGGAGUGUGGGAAUUCAGAGAGAUUCACACGGAUAUUCACAAAGCCAACAGGUGAUCUCCAGUUCCUGUGAUCCAAUAUGUUGUUUGUUUUCUAAAUCUACUUUGAUUAAUCGAAUUGGCUCAGUGAGUUUAAACCUAGUGCCUGCUCAAAGGAGCGUCACAAGGAACAGCCAGAUCCAGCUGGAUCAGAACUGCAAGGCACAGGCCUUUCGUUUUCAGCGCCCAGUCGGAGCAAAA